UUGUGGUCUCGCCUCGCCCUAGGCGCUGCGCGAGGCAGCGGUGAGCAUGGGUGGGAGCUUGGUGGUUGCACCAGGCAAUGUUUUGCCUUGCGCACGCUAGCGCCGCCACAGGGGAGCUUGUAAAAGGCAGCAUGGAUCGGUCGCUCAAGGCUGGCUCGGCCGAGUUUAGAGGCAUCAAGGUGGAGGUGUGGCAGCAGCAAGGCGCGUGCUUGGAAUGCACCAUGAACUCGGCCCUCGUGGACAAGGUGUUUGCGUCCAUCCGGGUGGAGGAGAAAGGGAUCGACAGUUUUGGCUUGUGGCCCGAGUUUAGGCCCCAGGGCCACGCCACAAAGCUGGUGUUCAAGUGGCUUCCCCUGGAAUCCGAGGCGCUCGCAAACGGGCACGUCUCGUCCUUGAACAAGGACUCUGCUACCGGUCUGAAGCCAGCCAGGCCCGACGCCCCAACCGGCCCAUCAGGGAAGAGGCACGAAGAGCUCAAGAACUUUCUGUGUGGGGGUUUUGCUGGGCUUGUGUCCCGGACGGCCGUGGCUCCGCUGGACCUUAUCAAGACACAUCUCAUCACUUCGCAUGGCGUGCAUGGCUACCACAAGAGUGCCACCGACAUCUUCUGCGAGAUCUGGGAGAGAGACGGCUGGCUGGGCCUUUUUCGAGGAAACGGGGUCAACUGUAUAAGGGUGGCGCCCUGCAAGGCCAUUGAGCUUUGCACGUUUGAGGUUGUUAAAAAGAUGUUGAGCAGCCAAGGCAACCCAUUCUGCGGGGUGGCUGCUCCGGUUGCUGGCGGUGCUGCGGGGAUGGCUGGCACCCUGGCCACGUACCCGCUGGAGCUGAUCAGGACCCGCAUUUCGCUGCAGCCCCACAAGUACACCGGUGCACUUCAGUCUAUCAUGACGGUGGUGAAUGAGGAGGGCUUUUCUGCUCUCUACGCCGGUCUUACGCCUAGCAUUCUUGGAGUGUUCCCCUAUGCUGCCACAAACUACUUCGUCUACGACGGGCUCCGGAGUGCUUAUCACCGUGCAACCGGAAAAAGGCACGUCCCGACGGGUUUAACACUUCUAUUUGGUGCUGUUGCUGCUGCGGCUUCCAGCGCCGUUACUUACCCUCUGGAGGUGGCGCGGAGACAAAUGCAGCUGGGUUCUGUUGCACUUGUGGCGAGGAACAGUACGCUGGACGUUGUAAGGCAGAUCUACGCCGAGGAGGGGUUCCUUGCUUUAUACAGAGGACUUGGGACCACCUGGCUGAAGCUGGUUCCAGCCGCUGGUAUCUCCUUCGUCUGCUACGAGGCUGCACGGAGAGCAUGGGAGCUUGAGGAACAGCGGGCGAUUCAACGUAGACGGAGGAAGUAACGGUGGUAAAUGCGGGAGGACGAUACCCGGACGUUGAGAAGGUGACGAGGAUCACUGGGUGAGCGGUGAGUGCUUAGUAGCUAGUUGCAUGUUCUUGGCUUGAAAGGGAUAUAAAAUUCUUUUACCACUCCUGCCGGAAUGUUACAGGUGGUGGCUGUGUGCAAAUCCAAAGUCGCUUAACUGGCCAAAUUGUUUUCAAAGUUCUUCGCAUGUUUGUGAGUAGCAUCAUUUUCUAAUCUGCUACCCUUUGUUAGGACAGAAUACUUUUCUUCAACAUUCCUGACAUCGUCGUUCAUUCAUUUGUGCCAGGAACAAGAAUGCGAAAUCAGAGGAAGCAUUUGAGCACCAAAAGAAUGUCAAUAGACUAGUUGUCUGUAUCGCCCGGCAAAUGUUGGGUACCAGACUUUGUACUGGAUAUACAGUGUUAAAUGGAUGGUGUGUUUUGAGCU